AUGUCAGAGAAGAAGCCACGAGGUUUGGACACGCGUCCCAAAAGUGGUCUCCGCAGUUGGAGUGCAGACAGUUAUGUUUGGCGGGGGAAGAAACGUUCCCGGAGCUCCCGCAAUGGGUCGAGUCCCGGAGGGCUGGAAGUGGAGGGCACGGAGGAGCUGGGUGUGCGGUCAACAUCCUGUCCGAGGCGGCGCAGAGAGAGAAAGUGUAGCUGCAGCACUCUCGGGGAUGCAUUGACGUCUGCAGACAUUGAUGUUGUGUGUCGGAAGGCCUUGUCCCGCCGCUCUCUGCGGCAGAAGUUUCAGGAUGCUGUGGGUCAGUGUUUUCCUCUGCGCUCUCACCAUCACCACCAUCAUCAUCACCACCACACAUCCGGCUCCUCGCGACCCUUCUCAGUGCUCUUCUGGUCCAAACGCAAGAUUCACGUCUCAGAGCUCAUGCAGGACAAGUGCCCUUUCUCGCCCAAAUCUGAACUGGCCCGGUGUUGGCACCUUAUUAAAAAUCAAGCCACCCACCCGAGUGCCCUCAAGGACAUGGAGGCUCCCCUCAAACCCAAUGUCUCAUCUUCCUCUACCUCCCCACCACAGACCCCUCUCUCCUGGGACGACAUCUGCUGCUCUCCUGGUCCUGAAGGCACUAGUCUGGAGGACUGGGACCCUUCUUGUCCUCGUGGGGGAGCAGAGGGCAGCUAUGGCUACACUGACUACAUCCUGGUCCCAGACCUCCUCCAGAUCAACAACAGCUCCUGUUACUGGGGUGUGUUGAACCGCUUCGAGGCGGAGGAGCUGCUGGAGGGCAAACCAGAGGGAACCUUUCUGCUCCGAGACUCUGCCCAGGAUGAGUUCCUCUUCUCAGUCAGCUUCCGUCGAUACAGCCGCUCCCUGCACGCACGCAUUGAGCAGAACAACAAGCGUUUCAGCUUUGAUGUGCGUGACCCGUGCAUGUACCGGGAUCCCAGUGUGACGGGACUACUGAGACACUACAGUGACCCGGCCACCUGCCUCUUCUUUGAGCCCCUCCUUUCCCGGCCGCUACCAAGGACCUUCCCUUUCACCCUCCAGCAUCUGUGCAGGACUGUGAUCUGUAGCCACAUCACCUACCAGGGCAUAGACAACUUGCUGCUGCCAUACCAGCUCAGGGACUUCCUCCAACAGUACCACAUUAAGUGUGAUGGGGCCUGCGCUGUGUGA